GCUGCUCUGUAAUCGACUUGUACGGCUGGUUGUAGUUUUUUGUGUCGCCUUGCUGCCUGAAGACGUCGAGGAAAUCCCGGAACCACAAGCAAAGUGUACCUUGGUGACUUUACAGCCAGUUUAGAGAUGGCCACCGCGCCAGAGUCUUCAUUUCAAAUGAGGUCGGCCGAUCUGAUAAAAAAGGAGCCGCUGGACUAUGGAGGAUUUGGAGACGUUUACCUGUGUUACCAUGCAACCCUCGGCCAGGUGGUGAUUAAGACCUUGUACACCGGCUCUCUUCGUAACGAGGAUAAUAAAAAGUCACUGCUGGCAGAGGGGAACAUCAUGGCAAGUCUGAACCAUGAUCGAGUUGUCAAGUUGCUGGGCGUGAUCAUGGAGGACAGAGAUUGCUCACUAGUUAUGGAGCUCAUCCCCAGAGGCAACCUGCUGGCCAUGCUAGAAAAAGUCACUGUGCCACUGUCCAUCAAAGGCAGAAUCAUAUUAGAGAUUUUGGAAGGGAUGGUGUACCUCACAGAAAGACAUGUCAUUCACAAGGACAUCAAGCCAGAAAACAUUUUAGUAGACAAGGAUUUUCACAUUAAGAUUGCAGACCUGGGCCUGGCCACCUACCAGACAUGGACCAAACUCACGAAGGAGGAGUCUCGCAGGAAGAGUCGUUUGGGCCAGACUGCUGGGACAAGAGGUGCUGGCACACUGAGCUACAUGGCUCCUGAGCACCUGGAGAGUAUACAUACUGUAUCCACUGAGAAGUCGGAUGUCUACAGCUUUGCGAUCGUGGUUUGGGUCAUUCUCACACAGGAAGAGCCAUAUGCAAAUGCCAGGAGUGAGGACCACAUCAGCCAGUGCGUUCGUAAGGGUGACCGACCAGCGGAACACCUCAUUCCAGACAACACUCCCAAGGAAAUAAUUCAGUUUAUGAAGGAUUGCUGGGAUCACAAUCCAAAGCAACGACCAACUUUUACAGAGGGCUACGCCAUUUUCCUUCCCUUCUACAAGGAAAAGCUUGAACCACACGUAGAGGAGGAUUUACUUCAGCUGAAGAAAUUAUAUGAAGGCCCAGAUGAUCUCAUUGAUAAGAUGAAAUCGUUAUCAGUAACAAAUGAGUGUUUUUCAGCAGAUUGCCCCGCCCCAUUGUUGAGUUCAGACCGAAGUGUAUCAGUGCCAGUGGAAGCCAGUAUUGAGGACCUGCACGAGUACGAGCCAUCGGUGGAGCCCAUUCAGACAGAUGCACAGGUUCCCAUCCCCCCUCCAGCUGUGGAUGAGAAACUGCAACGGGAGCUUCAGUACCAUAAAUAUGGUAGCUAUAAUGCUAAUGCACCGCUUGACAUGGAUAGGUCCUACCAACGCAACAACUCAAAUCCCUUCCCGCAAAACAACUACAGCACUUCAGAUCAACCUAUAGGGCAUCCAGAACAGGAUAGACUCCCUGUAUCCUCUGUCCAUUCCUGGACUAAAGCUGAGCCAGUGCAGCCCUCCAGCCACGACGAGUGUUGGCAUCGCCCUUCUUCUGGUCUCUACGAGUCCAUGAACUCUAGUUCACCUACUCCAUCCCACUUGUCAAUGUCUGCCAGCUAUCCCUCACUAGACCAAUUGAACCAGAAACCUCCACAAUCCAACUUUGACCGCCACCCCUCUUGGCCUGCUUACCCGGUGUCUGAUACAUCUGCUCCUGACAUGACCCCUGCGCGUCUCUUGAGCCCUUCUCAGAACGGCAUGGCUCAAGAUACAGGAUCUGUUUUCAUUCAGAAUGCGAGGGGCAUCCAGAUUGGAAACCACAAUAGAAUGACUAUCACAGAUUUAGAGCCCUUCCACAGUGCAUCUGCAUCUGCAAACAGUUCUCUUAUCAAAGAGGGCAUUCAGAAAUAUGAGGACCAUGCAGUGACUGAGGAGCACCUGGAUCUGCUGAGGGACAACAUUGGAAUCACCUGGAAGCGUUGUGCACGUCUCCUGGGUCUGACCAAUGUGGAAAUAGAGACCAUAGAACACGGCUACCAGCGUGACGGCCUGCCAGAGAUGGUGCACCAGAUGCUGGAGCGCUGGAAAAUGAAGGAGGGAAGUAUUGGCUGUACAAUUGGGAAGCUUUAUCAUGCGCUGCAAGGAAACGUAAAGUUGGAUGUCUUUCUGAAAAUGCUGGACACCUGCGAUGCUUCUUCCCCGGUCUCAUAACUUUUUUUUUCCCCAGCAGACAGAUUUGCUUCAUUCCUUAGAAAUAUUUUCUGAUUAGGAAGAGGUACAUAGAAUGUCUUAAACACUGUAUGAUAGUCACUCACUUUUACCAGUUUAUUUUGAAGGUUCAAAAGCUCAAGAUUUCUUUUUAAGUUACGGGCCGUUUCUACCAAGAUUAUCUUUAUGGAAGUGCAGGGUUCUGAUUUUUCUAAUUAUGGGGAAAACAAAAUCAUUGUUAAUUUCAUAUUUUGCCGUGUAGAAAAAUAACCUUAAGCGUAUUAUUCCACUUCCAGCACCUGAUAAUAUUAAUGUUCAAUCACAGCAAGGAAAAUCUGUUUCUCAGAAAUUAUCAAUUGUGUCAUGGAAUACACUUUGACUGCUGCUUUAAUA